CAAGCGGCUGUGUGGUGUUCAGCUGCCUGCCGGGUUAAACCACAACAAAGAGCUACUGAAAACCUGAUUUAAAACAGUAUAUCCCACUACAGCUUUAGUCACUGGCAGGAAUUUGAUCCUUAGUCUAAAGGCCUAUGUCCAGCCAUGCUCUGGCACAUGGCUGUGAUUGCCACCGCUGGCUGGCAGCACUCCUGCAGUGAGCAGGCAGCAGGCACGAACACCUGCAGCACAGAAUGGGAGCUUUCCGGGAAGAGCAGAGUAUAACACACUCCUCAGCCUGGGGCACAUCAGAACAACAGCAUUUCUGGCCCUGAACCAGAGGGCAGUGAAAGGAACAUACCAGAACCAGCACACGGUGGACACAGCCCUCUAGCCCUAUCUAGCCUAAAUAUAGGCAAGCAGAGAAGCCAACCAGCUUCCUUUCUUGGAGUUGCCCAAAGAGACUCUGUUCCUUCUCCAUGUCCUGGACUAACCAGGGAUGUUUCUGAGGUAAUUGUGACUUGAGGAGCUGUGGCUUCACACUGCCAUCACAGCAGUGGCAGCCCUAGAGGUGCACUGGAAAUACUCUCUUCAGCAAAAAAAACUUCCCCCGCUGGAAUAUCUGGAACGACUCUGCUGUAGUUCAUUAGGGUGAAGUGGCUCACAUCCAAUCCCAGCAGCAGCAGAGCACCUCAAGGAGCAGCCUAACAACUUGCUGAACACUGAACACAGCUCUCACAAGGCGGCUUUCUACAAGGAAGCAAGAAGAUUUUGGUGCAGAGCCCCAGUAUUCCUAAACAACUGGAGGAAUACACGGGCUCUGAACUCAUGGGAGAAUGUUCUGCAGGAGGCACAGAAGACCCAGCAGUACUCGACAGCUCUUAUGUGAGGACAACUGCUGAUAUUGCCUUGGGAACACCUGCAGUGACUGGAGCAGGUGCCUUGCCAGUGGCAGCAGCAAAGCAAGCCAAACAAGAUGACUCUUCUUCUGAGAAUGAGGUGCUUUGUCUUCCAGAGAUGCAUUCUGAAGGAUCAGGAGAACUGUUGGAGAGCGUGCUGCUUCCAGCUGCAGAUAAACAGAGUCUGUACCUGCAGUCCAUAUCAGAGGAGCAAAGCAAUGGUGCCUUGGAAGUGGCAGGACCAAAGCCAGAGGAAGAUGAUGACUCUACUUCUGUGAAUGAGUUACUUUCUCUUGUAGAGGUUUCUGCACUGGGUAGAAAAGAGCUUCAGCUAAAGCAGCAUGCUUCAACUCCAGCAGAUUGUCUAGGCGACAAACAGAGAUGGGUCAGGCAGCUGCAGCAGGAGCUUGCUGAUGCUCUCAGAAAGAACUCCCUGGCAGAAGCUUCACUUGAAGCUAAGAAGCGCUACUGCAGGGACCUGCAGGAACAGAAACUGCAGUUGCAGAAGGAAGUGGACAGGUCUAAAGCUAAGCUGCAGAAAUUGAAAGAACAGCAUAUCCAGACCGAGUGUUAUGCCAGGUCCCUGAAGAAUGCCAUCAAGAAUAAGGAGAGGGAACUCACAGCUUCCAGGAACCUGCAGGCCCUUCUGCUCAUGUCUUCUGGAACUGUGGCUAUCCCAGAGCUGGAAGAACGCAUACAAUGGCUCCAAGCUGGAAAGGCCAGGCUGGAAGCCACAGUCCAGCAACAAGCCAAGACCAUUGAAGCCCUUCAGAAAGCCCUGCAAGCCGCUGCCUCAGCUCAUAAUGGCCUGGAGGACUUGAGAGCUAGCUUUCAGGCAACACAGACUGCAAAGGAACACCAACAUUGCCAGCGUGGGAGUGAAAGCAAGGAACCGAAGAAGCAUGCCAAGCUGAAAUGCCAAUCAGAAGCACUUCUGGACGAAAUGCGGGGAAGAAACAUUGCACUGGAGGCAGAACGUACCAGGUUGAAGAUGCUUCUGGAGGGAUGUCGGACAAAGCUGAUGGCAUAUGCAGGCAGAGAGUCCCAGCUCGGUAUCCAGGGGGAGAUGAAGAACGGCUGCUCUGAGGUGGCCAACUAAGUUGUUAAACUAAGACAAAAGUAUCUGGAGCUGCGCGUUAAGUACUGUACUUCCAGCAUCUGCUUUCCAGUGCUACCUUUGGCCCAGCCUGCUGGAAGACUUGACACACUGCCUUUUCCCACCCUUCCCCAGUCACAGUUGAGCCUUCAAUGCGGUUAGCAAGAAGAUGCUGGAGCAGAGGAAGUGCCAGAAAACAGAGCCCUGGAAACCUUUGCCAUCACCUUGUGCAGCCACUACCCUGCAUCUCCUUCCAAGCAUUCUGUUGCAGCUUUUUAUUUAAUAAACCGUGUCGCCGAGUACAUGCCUUAGUUUUGCUGCACAACUGGAGCGCUUCAGACCUAGCAGGUUCAGAUGAGGAAGGUUCUAUUUUCGAAGGCUCACUCAGGCUCUCUUCCUAUGCAGGCAGUUCACGCGUCUCUCUCUGCCCUUACGCUGAAUGACCAUCAGUCCUGCAGACGUCUCCAAGAGGGAGCAUGCGCCUGUGCCCUCUUCCUCGGGGGAGGUCUGAACCGUGGUUGUGCUCAGAUCAGGGACUCGCGCUGACCUACCGCUAGUGCUCAGUUAGCAGACUCUUCCUGCCUUUGUAGAGCAAUUCUCCUGGUGGUCUGGGCAGAGGGUGGUGGGUGAGCUUCUGGUAGCCGUGGAAGCUUUGCAGAUCCCACAGGGAACCGAUGGAUCUGUAGCCUGCCGAGGGGAAAGGUGUGAAGAAGUGGGCACAAGCUGGAAUAGGGGGAAUCCCACCUCAACCUAAGGAAAAACCUUUUCUCUUGAGAGGGUGGCAAGAGGCAUGCUGCUCCCUCAGGGAUGGGCAGCCAAAAUGGCUGGGCCCUGCCCUGCUGUCCUCGGCCUAGGCAAGCGAGGGGCACGGGGCGGUCCCAGGGUGGGCAGCUGAGAGCCCAGAGGGACAAACAAGCACCUGGUGAGGCGCAGCUCUGAGGGCAAGCCAGGGGGCCAGGCCAGGGCUGAGGUUCAGGCCCAGCGGUGGCAAGCAGGCUCAGACACAGCCCAGGGAUGGCCAGGCAGGGCCACGGGGAGGCCAAGGGCAGGCCAGGAAAGCAGCCUGCAGGCUGGGGUCUGGAGCAGCCAGGUGUGCUGCCAGGCGCAGCCUAGACAGAGAUGGAGACAGAGACACCAUGACCGAGCUCAGGGAGGGCCUGGAAGCCUCUGCCUAUACCUCAGUGGGCCUCCUGGGCCGGAGGCCUCAGGGACCUGGGCUGGGGCCAGAGGCCCCAGCUCAACCUGGUGGUGCCUUAUUUGUGCCACAGAGAGGUUGUGGAGGCUCCAUGCUUGGAGAUGCUCCAAACUGGACAUGACCCUGCAUGACCUGCCCUGGCUGAGUGUCCUGGUUUCGGCUGGGAUAGAGUUAAUUUUCUUCCUAGUAGCUAGCACAGUGCUGCGCUUUGGAUUUAGUACUACAAGAAUGUUGAUAGCAACAACUGACAUCAUCAGUGAGUUAAGUAGUGCUUGGGCUACUCAAGGACUUUUUGAGCUUCUCCU